AUGGCGAGCGGCCUCGGCAACUACCAAGUGGCCGGAACUCUGCCGGGAAAGCGGGCAGCCCCGCCGCACCCCCCGCCCCGGCAACUCCGCAGCGCCCGGAGCCGCUCCAUCCCCGGGCCGAGCCCCCGCUCCGCCCCGGCCGAGAACUGCGGUGCCCCGCGGAAGAAGGAGGAGGAGGAGGAGGAGGAGGAGGAGGAGACGGCAGCCCCGGGCCCGGCGCGAGGCCUCCCGCCCGUCCUGCCCGCCGGCCGCCGCCGUAACUCCGGUAACUACGGGAAGUUCAAGUUGGGGGAAGCACGGGGGGGGGCCCUGCCCGGCGGCCCCGCUCCCUCUCCCCGCAGCCCCGAGCCGCGGCCGCACCUGCGGGGACUGCGCAGCCACCGACCCGCGCCGGCCGCAUCCCGCUCUUCCUCUUCCUCCUCCUCCUCCUCCUCAGCGGGAUCCCGCCGAGCCCCGCUCCUGCCAUUGCAGCGCGCUCGCUCUCUCGCCGCCAGCGCCGGCCCCCCCCCGCCCCAUCGAUCGGCGCAGCCCGGGCUCCCCCCGGCUCUGCCCCUGCCCGGCGCCGCGCAGCCCCACCGCCGGCUCCGGAGAGCUCCCGGAGCCUCUCCCUUUAAGCGGACCCGGUCAGUCCCCCCUCCCCAGCGCACACACACACAGACAUACAUGCACACACGCACAUACAUACAUACACACACACACACACACACACACACACACACACACACACACUCCUCCUCUUUCUCCCUCCCCUUCUUUCUUCCUCGUUUUGCCCAUUUCUUGCAACCGGAGUUUAUUCUGCCAACGCGUUUGUUACACAACUGCCCCCCCCGCGCACACUUCCAGCGCACACACACACACACACACACACCCCGGCAACAAACACAUCGGGAGACGGGAGAAAAUGCGCCGAGACGAGGAGACAGAAGGCCAGAAACUUACCUGCUCCACGACCGGCUGCCAAAGCUGGCGACUUUGCUGCUGAGCUGAAACUGCUAAUUUCUGUGACCAGCUUUUUUCUUAGCUGUGAUCUGGAUGAAUGAGUAGCUGUCUCACAGAGAUGACAAAAAUAAACUCUAAUCCCCCCAAAAAUUUCCACUACAUCUUUCUCAUGCAUAGAUUUAUGAUCUUCAAGCGCCCUGUGCAAUAUGCAAACUUUUGUGUGUGUGUGUGUGUGUGUGUGUGUGUGUGUGUGCAUGUGCUUGGGGGGGCAGGCUGUUGUAUUCAGGUUGCACAAGGUUUGGUUUGUGUCUCUGCUCCCCCCUCACCCCGGAUAUGAUGGAAAUAAUGUCUGAUUUCAGUACCCAAUAUAUUGUCCCCUCUACCCCCCCCAUUUAUAUUAUUGCUCUGAUGAGAUGUAUCUUCGUUUCUAGCAAGCGGGGUGAGGCUGAAGGGGCGGAGGGGAGAGAGAGAAAGUGAGGCUCCUACAUGGUGUUAGUGGUAAAAUGUUCCCUUUCCAUUUGUUCCCCUGCACUGUUCAAGAUUUAUGAUCUUGUUUGAAGGCAUAUUUUCUCUAUUGUUUUGUCUGGUUAGACAACCGUCUCUGAACUUCACUGUCAGCUCUUCAGCAGAUAAGGGUUCAGAAGUCACUUUUUUUUUUUAUUGGAAGAUUAGCAUAUUGUCAGAUUUGUCUUUCAGUUUCAAGACUUUGCAAUGCAGAAGCCUGAAUCAAAUGGCAGGAAAGCAGCUGCUGUUUCACAAAUGUAACCUUUCAACUUUCUGCCAGAUCUGAUACCCUGAAACAUGCACAGCCCAUGAUUUGGGGCUUUGUUUUGGCUUUGGUUUUUGCUCCUUUGUUGCUGGAACAAGCAAAGGGAGUUCUCGUCGUAGGCAACUGGGGUUUUUUCUUUCCACGAAGGGACAUUUUGGUAAAGGACGUGUUCUCCACACUUUAUCUCAUGAUGUAUUGCACCCUCACGUAUAUAGCUCUGUUUCUCUGUUGUCAAACCUGCAAUUGUCAAAAAAAAAAAAAAGAAAAAGAAAAAGAAAAA